UAAUUUAUGUCCCUCUCAAAGCCGAGUCUCGCAGCACAUGCGACUCUUACCAUCUCAAAGCCUGCCUUUUACUUUUAGACUUUUCCAAGGUUUCUGGGCGAGGAAGAUCAUGACCUCGAUUAAGCGAUAACGGUCAAACAACGUUUUUUCAUUUCUCGGGCGGAAGAGAAUUCUUUUGGUCGUUCAAUAUUCGCGAAAUUUUAACGUGACCUUCCUGUCUGUCGCAGCUUGUUACUGACUUUAGGCAGUGCCAGUCCUUACGAUCUGAGACUUUCUGAGCAGCCAAAACAGCAAGUCAACGUCUUUACUCAGCUUCAGAUGUAGAUCUUCACAUAGUAGUAUCUUUCCUGGGAAAUUGAUUUUCUUUACUUUGCCUAUAUCCUAAAGGAGCAUCCUCCCUUGUUGACUUUUUUUUUCCUUCUGAUGUUUCAGGUCUUCUGGUAGGGUAUGACUUUCGUGAAGAAGUUUUUUAGUGUUGCUGAUUUGCAGACACUGAGCAUGACCGGUUCGCCUGGCUAUAAUCGGACGAUAACAAGGAGAUAUCUUGGGUGAUCGGGAAUGUGGAUUUCUGUAGAUGCAAUUAUGCAUAAUCUACUUGUGGUUUGCGGAUGCCUGAGCCUGAGGUGUAUCACUUGUAUGAUUACAAGUGAUGUACAAGACUGUUGAACUUUACUUCAUCAGUCUUUCACUGUAGACCUUGCACCCCAUUUUGGGAUCAUGCAUUGAGCAGUUUUGGAUUUUCAAAGUAUUUUUGGUACAAAUCAAUGGAUGGACCAAUUGAUGCGUGCUUUGUUGAAUGUUAAUUGCUGGCGGAACUUGGAAAGUAUGUUCUAGUAUUGAGAUUCUUAUUGGUGAUAAUCAUCCAAAUGCUUACGCAAAACCAGACAUUUGCACGGCAAAUAUGCAAAUAUUGGCCGGAAUAUCAUAGCGGCACGUUUGGGAAUCUUUGGGUAUUUGGCCCCCAUUACAGGGUUAAGGAGUUGGACUUCAGAUGCAAUGCUAAGAAGGAUGCUUUGGACUUUGUACUGGAGAAGUCAGGAUGUACUCUACCAAGACUUCUGACUACACUAGAAGAUAUUGAAGAAGAAGCAAGAAGGACUUAUGCUGAUGAUACAUUAAACGACUUACAAAGAGUCAAAUUCCUGGAAAUGAUGGCAAUGGAUGGGUGUUUUUUCCUCCUGCUGGCGUUCUCUAUUCUUGGAUUGGGAUCAACCGGCACAGAAGUAGGAUUCCCUGAGAAGCAUUUGGUUUUUGGUAUAGGAUGUGUCAGAAAAGAAAUAGACCUGUGGAUCCGUUCCAUGUUCUUCGUGGGGAACCAAAUUCCGCUCAUAGUACUCGAGGAAGUCAUGAAACUAAGAUUCUUUCAAGAAUUAAAGACAGAAAAGCAAUGGAAUCAGCCACUGGACUUCGUUAAAAGGGCCUUAUAUAAUUUCCUCACAGUCGAGCAUCAGCCGAAAUCAAUUGAUUUGAUCCAUUGCCUCCAGUCGACCUUUCUUGGGAGAAAAAGUGGCUUACAUGUCACUGUACCCAUAAUGGACACUGAUGCAAGUGAUGCAAUAGAGGGGAUACCUUCUGCAACAGACCUGUUUAAUUUAGGCCUAAAAUUUGAAAAAUUAGAGGGAGAAUUGGGAAUUAGAGGUAUACACUACACAUACUCUGCCUUUAAUCAUGUUCUAUACUUGCCUGUUUUCAAGGUUGACAGAUACACAGAGCUGAUUGUCAAGUGUCUUUACAAGUACGAGAUAGUUCAAGCGUCCAGAGGCAUUGUACCAGAUGUAUCCCCCUACUUCAAAGUUUUCAGUGAGCUACUGCGCACACCAAAAGAUGUUGAACUCCUUACCUCACAGGGAGUCAUUCAAGGACAGCUAGAGGGCUUGCGACGACUUCUGAGCUCCUUUGACGGCAUGGAACCAUCCGAACAUGUACGCCAUGUAAGAAGAGAGAUCAGAAAACAUCCUCCACCGGACUGGCAGAUGUGCAUAAAGUUCUUACUAAAGCUGAUUGCCCUCAUUGCUGCAAUUCUCACUUGGAUUUUUUGCUUUCCUGCAAGCAGUAGCCUUCUUGGCUGCAACAAAUAGGAAUACGCUCGCUCGAUGAUCUUAUGGCAUCUUAUGGCAGCCUAUGGCCUUCUUGGCUACCACAAAUAGGAAGGAAAAGCAGACUUGUUGCUUGAUGAUAUUAUGGCCACCAUAAAGGGAGAGUGGACUUGUGCUCGAUGACCUUAUGGCAUCAUCAUAAAGGGAGAGCAGAACUGAGUUUGAUUUUUCUCAAGUACUUAAUAUUGUUAAGUGAACUUUUUUUUUUGGUUAUUGUUGGUACUGCGAAUAGGACCAUAUUUGCUCAAUGAUCUUAUGGCAUCAUAAAGUGAGAGCAGAUUGAACUUUGCUUUAUGAGUUUUUGUAAUACAACUAUGUUACAGUUAAUUAUGAUCCUUGCUGCAUCAUUACAGUGAA